AUGGACGUCGAACACUUUACAGCCCCAAAACGGGAAUUCCCCAAGAAGAAGUGCGGUGCGUGCACUUGGUUCUCUAGACAUCGGGUUGGAGUACUGACACAGUCACAGGCGUCUUGGGCGCAACCGGAUCCGUGGGCCAACGCUUUAUCCUCCUGCUCGCCCUACACCCACAUUUUGAACUGCACGCUGUCGGCGCCUCUGAGCGCUCAGCCGGUAAGAAGUACAAGGAUGCAGUGA